AUGUCAGGUGAAAAUAGCACCGUAACACCUCGACCAGUUGAAUUGAACGAUGGUGAAAAAGCAUGCGAGCCAAGUGCUGAUGGUGAAAAAACGGAAGGGUUGAGAGCAAAUGGGCUCAAAAUAGCAGGUGAAAGUACAGAUGGUGAUACAAUACCCGGUGAUAAUGCAUUGGGUGAUAAGAUGGCCGGUGAGAGUGCAGCGGGACUUAGAAUUCCCGGAUUAAGAGCAAAUGGUGAAAGGAUAAGAGAAGCAAAUGCUACGGGUGACAAGACCGCAGGAGCAAAUGCACGUGGAGAUAGAAUGGUACUGAGAAAUGCACCUGGGCUCAAUAUAGCAGCACCAAAAACUGAUGGAGAGAAAAGUGAUAACGAAAAUGCUGCCGGUGAAAGAAUGGAUGGUUGCGCACUUGGAUUAAAGAUAUUUGUAGUGAAAGCUGAGGGAGCAAGUACAUUUUGCCGUUUCUGGCGUAUUUUUAGUGAAGAAUGCAUUUUAGCCAUAUCACGGAUAUCAUUAAUGAGAUGA